AUGAUGCGCACUUAUAGGCGGCACUGAUGGGCAUUGACAGGCAUCACUGAUGGGCACUGAUUGGCAGCACUGACUUGCACUGAUGGGUGACACUGAAAGGCAGCUCAGAUGUGCACUGAUAUGUGGCAUUGAUGUGGCACUGAUGGACACUGACAGCUGGCACUGCUGGGGCUACACUGAUCAUCAGGGCACACUGAUCAUCACUAUCAGCAUGACAGCUCGAGAGGAGAGAAAUGCCGAUAACCUGCAUUUUCCUUUUUACAUGUGAUCAGCUGUGAUUGGACACAGCUGAUCACAUGACC